AUGCCAAACAAGGCCCAUGCCCCAAUGUUCUGGAAAUCAAUUGCCAACACUUUUGGAAACAACGGUAGAAUAUUGUUUGACCUGUACAAUGAGCCCUAUCCAUAUGGCAAUGCUUGGGACACUGAAGAAGCUUGGACAUGUUGGAAGAAUGGUACCGACUGUGAACAUACAAUCGAUUACCCUGUAGCAGGAAUGCAAGAGAUGAUUGACUCUAUCAGAGGUGUUGGUGCAACCAACAUCAUCCUUCUAUCUGGUAUACAAUACGCUACAUCUCUUACUCAAUUCUUGACUUAUAUUCCUUUUGAUCCUCUAAAACAACUUGGAGCAGCACUUCAUUCAUAUGACUUUAACUACUGUCGAUCCAAAGGAUGUUGGGAUAUCUACUUGAAACCUGUUCUAGAUCAAUAUCCAAUUGUAGCCACAGAGGUUGGUCAGAAAGAUUGUCAGACUGACUUUUUGUUGGACUUUAUCAACUAUUGCGAUGCAAACAACCUACAUUAUAUUGCUUGGUCCUGGUUGGUGGCCGAUUGUUCUACUCCAUCACUGAUCAGAGACUACAUUGGAACACCAACUACCUUUGGAAGAGGAUACAAGACCCAUUUGAACACUUUGGACGCUGGCCAAACUCCGUUCCACAGUGACACGUUUGAUAUCUACAACGAUAAGAUGACUCAUUGGGCAGACGACUGGUCCAGCGCUAAACAUAUUCUUAACAACACGUCACCAGUCAUCGAAGGAAAGUACUCUAUCGCGUUCAGACCACGUGCCAAGGGAGAGACCUUGUUCUUCAUGUGUUGGAGCUGUAUCAACACAUCCAUCCACAAGCAGGUGGAGUUUUGGGUGCAUGGUGGACAGUCUGGAAAGCAACUAGUGGACUUUAACCUGUUGACGCUCAACUCUGACAAGACUGUCAACAUUGCCUACACACGCCCUCUCACCACAUUAAUUGGUCGAGAUAUUCCAGCUGGCCAAUGGAUCAAGGUGUACGUUGACCUUAGGAAUCUCACCUCGUCACCAAACUCGAAGUUUGAUGGUUUCCAACUAGUGUCGACCACGUCCGACCAGACAGACAUGUACAUUGAUAAGAUAACAGUGCGAGCAUUUGUUGAUCCUACUCCUCCCUCAUCAUCAUCCUCGUCCGAGUCUACAGCAUCAACACAAAGGUCAUCCAAUGUGUUUGUAACUUUACUACUUACAAUGAUGACCAUAAUCCUUUACAAUCUUGCUAGCCAAUAA